AUGAUUCAUGCUGCUUCUCAAUCCUUCAUUCAUUCACAUCCAUCUCUCUUUCUCUCUCUCUCUCUCUCACGAGCCCAGCUCUACUCAAGCCUGUUCUGUCGCCUCGUAGACACGUCGGCUCGUCAUGCUCCCAAAGUUGCGCCAUCCCCGUCCAGAGGGCACACCUUUGUCUCUCGUCUGUGCGUGUUCAUGUGCCCCAGUGGUGGGCGGCGGGCGGUGCUGGUUCGUUGA